UUCAAUUGCCAUUUUUAAUGUUUCAACUACGAAUUGAUGCUAAUCCUACAAAACGACCGACAGCUUAUGAGCUAAGCGAAGUUUUACAUGGUGGAUUGAAUUCAAUUCAUGAACAAGGAUUAAUUCAUCGAGAUUUACAUGUCGGAAAUAUAUUACAAGGAAAUUUUUUAGAUACAGGCUCUUGUUGUAUUGCCGACCUAGGGUUAUGCAAGCCAGCCAACGAAGCUAACCAAAGAGAGGAGGUUUAUGGGGUUUUGCCUUAUAUGGCUCCGGAA